AAAUUGGCUCGGCUACCUUCCGGGGUCGGAGUGCACAUGAGUGACAUGGUGGUAAGAGUGAAGAGUGCAAGUUGAUGAUCCUAAAAAGGGCAAGCACCUUGUUGACUCACGACAUCAAUGCCUCGCUCGCCCUCGCCUAGUGACGGAUCCGAUACAGAUACGGAGGACAUGCCCAUCGCACUCGAAAAGAUUCCUACUCUGGCCCAGCUAUUCAAACUGGCAGUGAUCAAGGCCGUGGAGAAGCCAAAGUUUCCCAUCGAUUCAAUGUUACUUGAUAGGAUAUCUCUUUUCCAGGGAGAUAUAACGCAGCUUUCUGUUGAUUCGAUUGUGAACGCAGCCAACAAAAGCCUCCUAGGCGGUGGCGGCGUGGAUGGAGCUAUUCAUGCUGCAGCAGGCAAGGAUCUCUUGGACGAGUGUAGAGGCUUGAACGGCUGCGAAACAGGAGAAUCGAAGGUUACGAAAGGAUACAGGCUUCCGUCAAAGCAUAUCAUACAUACCGUUGGGCCAAUAUACUCUUCAAGGGAUAUCGAGACAAAGGCAGCGCAACUGGCAUCGUGCUACAGGACCAGUUUGGAGCUUGCUGCGAAGAGUUCCUUGAAACAUAUCGCCUUUCCUUCUAUAUCUACGGGCAUAUAUGGUUAUCCCAUCAAAGAUGCUACCCAUAUAGCGCUGAACGAGGUUCGUCAGUUUGUAGCAACGGAGCCUGGAUCGACGCUGGAACGGGUUAUAUUCGUAGUGUGGAGUAACAAAGAUCGAGACGUGUAUCAGGACUUACUUCCAGAAUAUUUCCCUCCUUCUGUACCUUCAGAAAACAAAGACGAAGAAUAGGCUUCCUUAGCAGAAUACAGGACAGAAUGAUAGUAAAGCAUCUGUACCAUAUGUGAGAUCGGAUUAAAUCUGCUGUCUCUGGUUUCGUCCUUCGAUGGCAAUCCGGAUUAGACCGAAAUAGCAGGGAGUGAG